AUGGCGACGUCCGACUCCAAAGCACCUCUGCGAACGGUGAAACGGGUCCAGUUUGGCAUCCUGUCGCCAGAUGAAAUACGUCGUAUGUCAGUUACUGAUGGUGGCAUACGGUUUCCUGAAACUAUGGAAGGUGGUCGCCCUAAACUGGGUGGCCUCAUGGAUCCACGGCAAGGUGUUAUUGACAGAAAUUCCAGGUGUCAGACUUGUGCCGGCAAUAUGACAGAAUGCCCUGGCCAUUUUGGUCAUAUAGAUCUAGCAAAACCAGUAUUCCAUGUAGGAUUUAUUACCAAAACUAUAAAGAUAUUGAGAUGUGUGUGCUUCUACUGCUCCAAAUUGCUUGUUAACCCUCAUAAUCCAAAGAUUAAAGAAAUUGUCAUGAAGACGAAGGGUCAGCCACGAAAACGACUUGCAUUCGUUUACGAUCUGUGUAAAAGCAAGAACAUUUGCGAAGGCGGAGAUGAGAUGGACAUUAAUAAGGAGAAUAUGGAAACUCAACCGCAAGACAGAAAACCAGGACACGGUGGAUGUGGUAGAUAUCAGCCCAAUCUCAGACGAUCCGGCUUAGAUGUAACUGCAGAGUGGAAGCAUGUAAACGAGGAUUCACAAGAAAAGAAGAUAAUUCUCUCGGCCGAGAGGGCCUGGGAAAUCUUGAAGCACAUUAAGGACGAGGAGUCCUUCAUCUUGGGCAUGGAUCCGAAAUUUGCUAGGCCGGAUUGGAUGAUAGUCACGGUGUUGCCAGUGCCACCGUUGUCUGUGAGACCUGCAGUUAUCAUGUAUGGUUCUGCUAAAAAUCAGGAUGACUUGACGCACAAACUGGCGGACAUUAUUAAGUCGAACAACGAGUUACUACGAAACGAACAAUCCGGCGCGGCAGCGCACGUGAUCUCCGAGAACAUAAAGAUGCUGCAAUUCCAUGUGGCGACGCUUGUCGACAAUGACAUGCCUGGGAUGCCCCGGGCGAUGCAAAAGUCGGGCAAACCGCUUAAAGCGUUGAAAGCCCGACUGAAAGGAAAGGAAGGCAGGAUUCGUGGAAAUUUGAUGGGUAAACGCGUGGACUUCUCCGCGCGUACCGUUAUCACGCCGGAUCCUAAUCUGCGCAUCGAUCAGGUGGGUGUCCCGCGCAGUAUAGCGCAGAACUUGACAUUUCCAGAGAUUGUGACGCCCUUCAACAUUGACAAGAUGCAAGUACUGGUUAGGCGUGGCAAUUCACAAUAUCCCGGCGCGAAGUACAUUGUUCGCGACAACGGCGAGAGAAUCGAUUUGCGUUUCCAUCCCAAAUCCUCGGAUCUGCAUUUGCAAUGCGGCUACCGAGUAGAACGGCACAUCCGCGACGGCGAUCUCGUCAUCUUCAAUCGUCAGCCGACUCUUCACAAGAUGAGUAUGAUGGGUCAUCGUGUCAAGGUGUUGCCAUGGAGCACGUUUCGCAUGAAUUUGAGCUGCACGUCGCCAUACAACGCUGACUUUGAUGGCGACGAAAUGAAUCUGCACGUGCCACAAUCGAUGGAGACGCGCGCCGAGGUUGAGAACAUUCACGUGACGCCGCGACAGAUUAUCACCCCGCAGGCGAACAAGCCAGUCAUGGGAAUUGUACAGGAUACCUUAACAGCAGUCAGGAAGAUGACUAAGCGCGACGUAUUCAUCGAGAAGGAGCAAAUGAUGAAUCUGCUCAUGUUUUUACCGAGCUGGGACGGCAAAAUGCCGCAGCCGUGUAUUCUGAAGCCGAAGCCGCUGUGGACUGGCAAGCAGUUGUUCUCCCUUAUCAUCCCGGGUAAUGUAAACAUGAUACGAACGCACAGCACACAUCCAGACGAAGAGGACGACGGUCCGUACAAAUGGAUCUCGCCAGGCGACACCAAAGUAAUGGUGGAACAUGGCGAACUUGUGAUGGGUAUUCUCUGCAAAAAGACUCUGGGUACCUCCGCCGGAUCUUUACUUCACAUCUGUAUGCUCGAACUGGGCCACGAAGUGUGCGGACGUUUCUACGGUAACAUUCAAACUGUUAUCAACAAUUGGCUGUUAUUGGAGGGUCAUUCAAUCGGUAUUGGCGACACUAUUGCCGAUCCGCAGACAUACUUGGAGAUCCAGAAGGCGAUCAAGAAGGCUAAAGAGGACGUGAUAGAGGUGAUUCAGAAGGCGCACAACAUGGAACUCGAGCCCACGCCUGGCAACACACUUCGCCAGACCUUUGAAAAUCAGGUGAACAGGAUACUGAACGACGCUCGAGACAAGACCGGUGGCUCUGCAAAGAAGUCCUUGACAGAAUACAAUAAUUUGAAGGCCAUGGUGGUGUCGGGUUCGAAAGGCUCCAACAUCAAUAUCUCUCAAGUCAUCGCUUGCGUCGGUCAACAGAAUGUCGAGGGUAAACGUAUACCCUUUGGCUUCCGUAAAAGAACGCUGCCACAUUUCAUCAAAGACGAUUACGGACCAGAGUCCCGUGGUUUUGUUGAGAAUUCAUAUCUCGCUGGUCUCACGCCGUCUGAGUUCUACUUCCACGCGAUGGGAGGUCGUGAAGGUCUCAUCGAUACCGCCGUGAAAACGGCCGAGACUGGUUACAUUCAGCGUCGUUUGAUAAAGGCUAUGGAGUCUGUGAUGGUGCACUACGACGGCACCGUACGCAACUCCGUCGGUCAGUUGAUUCAGCUGCGUUACGGAGAGGACGGUCUCUGCGGCGAGACUGUCGAGUUUCAGAAUUUGCCAACGAUUAAGGUGAGCAACAAAGCCUUCGAGAAAAAGUUUAAGUUUGAUCCGACCAACGAGCGAUACUUGCGCCGUAUAUUCAACGAGGACAUUGUCCGAGAGAUGAUGGGCUCCGGAGAGGUGAUAUCCGAAUUAGAGAGAGAAUGGGAACAGUUGAAUAGAGACCGCACCGUGCUUCGGGAGAUCUUCCCGAGCGGCGAGUCCAAGGUUGUGUUGCCCUGCAAUCUGCAACGGAUGAUUUGGAACGUGCAGAAGAUAUUCCACAUCAAUAAGCGAGCACCGACCGAUCUCAGUCCUAUGAGAGUGAUUCAAGGAGUGAAGAAUCUUUUGGAGAAAUGUAUCAUUGUCGCUGGAGACGAUAGACUGAGCAAACAGGCGAACGAGAAUGCGACAUUACUGUUCCAGUGUUUAGUCAGAUCAACUUUGUGCACCAAGUGUGUUUCCGAAGAGUUCAGGCUGUCCAGUGAGGCUUUUGAGUGGUUGAUCGGAGAAAUUGAGACGAGAUUCCAGCAAGCUCAGGUAUCCCCUGGUGAGAUGGUCGGCGCAUUGGCCGCACAGUCUCUCGGCGAGCCUGCCACUCAGAUGACCCUGAAUACUUUCCACUUUGCUGGUGUAUCGUCAAAGAACGUAACUCUCGGUGUGCCCAGAUUGAAGGAGAUCAUCAACAUUAGUAAGAAACCAAAAGCGCCAUCGCUUACAGUAUUUUUAACGGGCGCGGCCGCGCGUGACGCUGAAAAGGCGAAGAACGUGCUCUGCCGACUGGAGCACACGACAUUGAAAAAGGUGACCGCGAAUACGGCGAUAUACUACGAUCCGGAUCCGCAAAACACUGUGAUCGCGGAGGAUCAGGAAUUUGUCAACGUUUACUACGAGAUGCCUGACUUUGACCCCACGAAAAUAUCACCGUGGUUAUUGCGAAUUGAACUGGACAGGAAACGGAUGACCGACAAGAAGCUGACGAUGGAACAGAUCGCGGAGAAGAUCAAUGCUGGUUUCGGCGACGAUCUCAAUUGCAUCUUCAACGAUGACAAUGCCGAGAAGCUGGUGUUGCGUAUUAGAAUAAUGAAUAGCGAUGAUAACAAGUUCCAAGACACUGACGAGGAGACUGUGGACAAGAUGGAGGAUGACAUGUUCCUUCGGUGUAUCGAAGCUAACAUGCUUAGUGAUAUGACUCUGCAGGGUAUCGAAGCUAUCGGAAAGGUUUACAUGCAUCUGCCACAAACCGAUUCCAAAAAACGCAUUGUCAUUACGGAGACUGGUGAAUUCAAGGCUAUUGCAGAAUGGCUUUUGGAAACCGAUGGUACGAGCUUGAUGAAGGUAUUAAGCGAAAGAGACGUGGAUCCCGUGCGAACGUUCAGCAACGAUAUUUGCGAGAUAUUCCAAGUGCUCGGCAUCGAAGCCGUGCGGAAAUCAGUGGAGAAAGAAAUGAACGCGGUAUUGCAGUUCUAUGGUCUUUAUGUCAACUAUCGACAUCUCGCCUUACUUUGUGACGUCAUGACGGCGAAGGGUCAUCUCAUGGCGAUAACACGUCACGGAAUCAAUAGACAAGAUACCGGUGCUUUGAUGAGAUGUUCCUUUGAAGAAACAGUUGAUGUGUUACUGGAUGCUGCAUCUCAUGCAGAGGUAGAUCCAAUGAGAGGAGUAUCCGAAAAUAUUAUAAUGGGACAACUUCCUCGAAUUGGAACAGGAUGCUUUGAUCUAUUAUUGGACGCGGAGAAGUGCAAAUCUGGAAUCGAAAUUCCUAUGGCGGUUGGCGCAGGCAUGAUGGGAACGGCGGGAAUGUUCUUUGGCAGCGUAACUGGCAUAUCUAGUAUGAGUCCUCAAAUGACUCCUUGGAUGGGAGCUACUCCUGGUUAUGGUGCGUCAAGUAUGUCGCCAGCAUUGAGCAGCGGUAUGACGCCAGGUGGUGCAUGUUUCUCACCAUCGGGCGCGUCGGAUGCAUCAGGCUUAUCGCCAGCGUACUCGGCUUAUUCACCACAACCUGGAAGUCCUGGUAGUCCAGGUCCGAGUAUGAGUCCAUUCCCAAUGUCACCAGCUGGUGCAGCAUCGCCUAGUUAUUCUCCGACGUCACCAGCAUAUCUACCUACAUCGCCCAGUAUGACGCCUUCAAGUCCAAAUUAUUCACCUACAAGUCCAACGUAUUCGCCAACCAGUCCGAAUUAUUCGCCUACUUCUCCGAGUUAUUCGCCAACGAGUCCGAGUUACUCGCCGACUUCUCCGAGUUACUCGCCCACGAGUCCGAGUUACUCGCCUACUUCUCCAAGUUAUUCGCCGACGAGUCCCAGUUAUUCGCCCACCUCGCCAAGUUAUUCGCCAACUAGUCCGAGCUAUUCGCCCACGUCGCCGAGCUAUUCACCAACCUCGCCGAGUUACUCCCCGACAAGCCCGAGUUACUCGCCAACUUCCCCAAGUUACUCCCCGACAAGUCCAAGUUAUUCACCCACGAGUCCAAGUUAUUCUCCUACGAGCCCGAGUUAUUCACCAACUUCGCCGAGCUAUUCACCAAGUUCGCCUAAUUACACACCCGCCUCGCCCUCGUAUUCGCCCACUUCACCUAGUUAUUCGCCGAGCUCGCCGCAAUACUCGCCCGCGAGUCCGAGUUAUUCUCCUAGCAGUCCCAAAUAUUCACCGACAAGUCCAAGUUAUUCUCCUACUUCUCCGUCAUUCGCCGGUACAUCACCGCAAUACACACCUGCUAGCCCUACGUACUCGCCCACCAGUCCGACGUAUUCCCCUACGAGCCCAUCGUACUCACCGAGUUCGCCGCAGCAUACCGCGUCUGGUAGCACGCGAUAUUCACCCAGUAGCCCGAAUUAUUCACCCACCAGUCCAACAUACUCUCCUACAAGUCCACAGUACUCACCGUCAAGCACCAAAUAUUCGCCCACAAGUCCUACUUACACACCUACAAGCCCGAGUUAUUCUCCAACGAGUCCGACGUACUCGCCGCCCGUACCGGGAUACUCUCCCACGAGUCCCACAUACUCGCCGGCGUCACCCGCUUACGAGACCGACGAAUAAUUUCUUUUUAAGUGGUUAAGUUAAGAAUAAAUUCUUUUUUUAAAUAAAUUAUUAUAUUAGGUACUUAUUUUAGUAAUUUAAUUGUAAACUCAAUUGAGUGUAUAAUUAUCAUCGUUGCACAUAGUUGCAAAUAAACUUAAGUUCAAGUUUGUUAAGAUGCUUUUUAUGUGACCUUUUUGGUACUUUAAUUGGUACUUUAAGUUGGACGUGAAAUGAUAAUGUUCGGUCAGAAAUUCAAGAGCGGUUAAAAAAGCGGUUGAAAGGAUCUUAGAACAAAUUAUAGACAUUAUUUUUAAAUUGACUUUAUAAAAUUCCAAAUUCUUUUACACAAUCAAAAUACGCCUAAAAAUAAAGACAGAUUUUAUAUUAAUAAAAAAAUUAACUAAAAAGUUUUUUAAAUUACAAAUUUUUUUGUUAUCAAUCUGAAAUCGCCCUUUACUCUUUUUAUUUUUAUGCAUACUUUGUGUAAAAGAAUUGUAAUUUUAUAAAGCUAAUUAAAACAUUUUUUAAUGAAAAAAUGUCAGUAAUUUGCUCAAGGAUUUCCUUUAAAAAAAAAAAAAAAAAAAGUACUAUUGACUAGAAACAUAUAACCGAUAAUUUUUCAGCUGUUUAUUACAGUCGAUAUUAGAUAAGGCGCAGAUUGCGAUGCGCUUUCGCCACUCGUACCAGAAAGGUUGUGACAAAUAUCAUCAAGUAUAUGUUGUGUGGAAAAUCUGAGUUUGCUAUAAGUAAGUGUUGGUUCGUAUAUUGUAGGCGAGUUGUGCGUGAGUAUUUUAGGGACCACGGAACUUUAUGAACUAUUAAUCGAUGAAACCAAUGAGCUACUGAACGGAGACUACAUUGAUGAAAAAUAUGUAAAAAAAAUCAGGGAGUUGAUGCAAAAAAUGUCUAAAACUGUCAGGGAAAUCAUUUAUAUACGCAUCUUUAUUACAACUUUAUUAUAAUUACGACCACAAUAGAGACACAAAUUUAUUUUACAUUUAGCAAGCUGUACGUUUAAGAUACUUUGUUGAUAUUUAGUCUACUUGAAUAGAUAUGUCGAAAUCUGUGAUUCUAUUAGAGGACUGCGAAAGCGAAACUAUAUUAAAGUGAAAUUAUUGCUAUAUUGUUUCAGUUAUAUUAAUGUAUUAUACAUUCAGUUAUAUUAAUGUAUUAUACAUUUAUUUGAUAACUUUUGUUUCACUACAAGGAUCAUUUUUUACAUUAUUGUAUAUACAACUUUAACUGUUCUUCACUAAUAAAACUAAAAAUAUAUGUAAUAUAUAUUUUUUUUACAUAAAGAAAUUAAUAAAACCGAAUAUCUUAAAAGAUACUGCAUAUAGUAAUAUAUUGCAAAAAGAAUGGUAUAUAGAAUAUAUAAUCAAAUAAAAAGGCUUUGUGUGAAUAUAAUUCAAAUGAUUUCUAUUAAAAAAAAUGAAAA